AUGUCGAGCCAGAAGGAGGGGACAAGCACCGCAGCUGCUGCUCGUGCCAUUCCUUACUUCACCACCCUCUCCUGGUCCGUCUAUCAAUUGAAAAUCGCCCUGCUCGCCUCGGCCUCGCCGUCGGACAUGGCCAAAUCAACCGCCCUCCAGACCAAUCUCGACGUCGACUAUGUCAUUACCUACCGCUUUGCCGACACGGACAAGACCAAGGCAGCUGCACAGUUUGAGAAGCUGUGUGAGGCGCUGGCAAACGUUGGUUUACAGACCGAAGUCCGCAAUGGCGACUCGCACUCGCUUCUGCUCUUCGUCAGGGUUGCUUCUGACGAGCACCUGUUUGGCGAAGUAUAUAGGUCCAGAGUCCGCGACUGGAUCCACGGCGCCCGGUCUGCUGCCCCUGAAAAUGUUACGCGCGAAUCGCUUGAAGCAGAGCCAUUGUACGAGGCUGAGCGGCUGCGCAUCAUAUACCAGCUCAUUACAAACCCCACGUCGGAGGGUGGAGCGGGCAUAACACCCAAGGAAGGCGAAUGGAAGAACGUCGACUCCAUCUUCGCCCUGCAUGACCAUGCGUACAACAAGGAUUGGAUCAAGAAAUGGACAUCUCAGUACAUCCUCAGCACCGAAGACUUGGACGACAUCCGCAACCGCAUGGGAGAAAAAAUUGCCUUUUACUUUGCUUUCACCCAAUCCUACUUUACCUUUCUCAUUCCAGCUGCGGCAUUCGGCCUCUUCUCAUGGCUCUUCCUUGGCUAUUUCUCGCCAAUCUAUGCUCUCGCCAGCGCCUUGUGGUGCACCGUCUUCACCGAAUACUGGAAGCAUCAGGAAAAAGACCUGAGUGUCCGCUGGGGUGUCAAGGGCGUCUCCAACAUCGAGGUCAAGCAGAAGGACUUCACGCCCGAGAAGACCAUCACCGAUCCCGUCACCGGUGAGCAAGUUGGUUUCUUUCCUGCAUCCAAGCGCUUCCAGAGACAGUUGUUGCAAAUUCCUUUUGCAAUCAUUGCAGCCUGCUCCCUCGGAGCCGUUAUUGCAACCUGCUUCGGCAUUGAGGUCUUCAUCUCCGAGGUCUAUGACGGACCGCUCAAGAGCGUUCUGAUCUUCAUCCCUACUGGUAUCCUGACUACUGUCAACCCUAUUCUCAACACCCUUCUGACCAAAGCGGCUACACGAUUAACUCAAUUCGAGAAUUAUGAGACACAUGCCGCGUACGAGAAAGCCUUGACCCAGAAGAUCUUUGUUAUGAACUUCAUCAUGUCCUACCUCGGCAUCUUCUUGACUGCAUUCGUCUAUGUACCUUUUGGCAAAGUUAUCGUGCCCUACCUUGAUGUUUUCCACGUCGCUGUUCGACCUUUUGCUCAGGACGAGAAGCAGCUUCAUCUUGAAACAAAGAGCGCUAGCUGGAGCAUCAACCCCGAUCGCCUUCGCAAGCAGGUCAUCUACUUCACCGUCACUGCUCAGGUGGUCAAUCUGGGCAUGGAGCUUAUCGUUCCAUACCUCAAGCGUCGUGGACUUGACAAGUACAAGGAGAUGCAAUCCGAGCGAGCUGCCAAGAACGGCGGAUCCGCACCACCUGCUGCUGCCAACGACCCACCUGAAGAUGCUGCUUUCCUUGAGCGUGUUCGUAAGGAAGCAGAGCUUGAAGUAUACGAUGUCACGGCCGAUCUUCGCGAGAUGGUUGUUCAAUUUGGCUACCUCUCUCUCUUCUCGGUCGUAUGGCCACUGACUGCCGUCUCUUUCCUCAUCAACAACUGGGUCGAGCUCCGUGCCGACGCCAUGAAGAUUUGUGUUGAGAUGCGCCGACCUACGCCAUGGCGUGCUGAUACCAUUGGUCCCUGGCUUGACUCCCUUUCCUUCCUCACUUGGCUCGGCAGCAUUACUACCUCAGCUCUCGUCUACAUGUUUUGGAACGACAACACUGGUCCCAGCGGUAGCCCCAGCAAUAUUCAACUUUGGGCCCUCCUCCUUACUGUCUUCUUCGCCGAGCACCUCUUCAUUCUCUUCCGCUGGGGCGUGCGCAUCAUUCUAUCAAAGCUCGAUACUCCAGGGCUGCAAAAGGAACGCCGCGAGCGUUACCUCGUCCGCAAGCAGUACUUCGAAGAGAACCUUAGCCAGCUUCAAAGCAUUCCCACAUUGAGUGAAAAGGGUGGCGAGAUUACUAGGCAGAGUCUCGAGGAAGAUGCGCGACGAAGCAGUCUGAGCGAGACUACGGCUGAGAUUAGGUUUUGGCAACGUCAGAGGAGUUGGAGGGAGAGUGCGGCUGUGGCCAAGAGCCUGAUCGAGCAGGCCAAGAACGAGACUGUCGUCGAGAACAAGAAGGAGUUGUAG